AUGAGGCCAUUCUCUUGCUUUAAGGGGUUGCUUGGUGGUAGUGGUGGUGACGAUGCUGGGGAGGGUACUAGUAGGGGCGGUGGGGCCGGCGGUGGAAAAGAAGGUAUGGACGGCUCGGUUUGGUUCCGAGAUAACGGGAAGCAUGGCUGCGGUGACUUCUCCAUGGCGGUGGUUCAGGCCAACCGGAUUAUUGAAGACCAGAGCCAGCUUGAGUCUGGUCCAUUGGGCACUUUUGUCGGCAUAUACGAUGGCCAUGGAGGUUACGAUGCGGCUCGAUACGUUUGCGAUCACUUGUUUCAGAAUUUACAAGCCGAGUCACAGGGAUCGGUUACACGUGGGACCAUUGAAGGAGCAAUUCGCCGAACAGAAGAGGGAUUCAGCCGACUUGUGGCAGAAUCAUGGAAUGCUCAACCUGCUUUGGCUACUACUGGAACUUGCUGCCUCAUUGGUGUGAUUUUUCGGCAGACCUUAUUUGUGGCAAACCUUGGAGAUUCCCGUGUUGUGUUGGGCUCAAAAUUGGGCGGCGGUUCAGAUCUUUUGGCAAUUCCGCUAUCACAUGAACACAAUGUAAAUGUUGAGGAAGUUAGACGGGAACUCCGAGAUUUGCACCCAAAUGAUCCCCAAGUUGUUCAAAUGAGGCGUGGAGCCUUUAGGGUAAAGGGUAUCGUUCAGGUCUGUAGAGCCAUAGGCGACUUGUAUAUGAAAGAUGCGCAGUUUAAUCGGGAAGCCAUUGCUCCAAAAUUCAGACUUCCUGAACCAAUGGACAUGCCUUACCUGACUGCUAAUCCAGAAAUUAUGAUUCAUCCACUCCAUGCAAAUGAUUCCUUCCUUAUAUUUGCCUCUGAUGGUCUGUGGGAGUUCUUGGAUAAUAACACAGCCGUAGGUAUUGUCAAAAGCGGUCCACGUGGGGGGAGCGCAAAGAGACUAAUCAAGGCUGCACUGACGGAAGCAGGAAGGAGGAAAACGAUGAAACUGAUAGAUCUGGAAAAGGUUCCGAGGGCUGAGCGGCGCGAAUACCACGAUGACAUUUCUGUGAUUGUCGUCUUCAUAAACCACAACCUUGUUUCCAGAGGCGCACUUUCUGACCCACCUGUCUCUGUUCGAUGCCCUCCCACGUUGCAUUGA